UAAGAGGCUGAUUCAACGAUUUUCAUCGCACGCACAUCGUUUUUCUACUACGUCUCUCGAAACGUCAUAUACGUCAUACAUGCAUACUCGUGUUUAACACAUUCACGAAUCAUUAUGUGCACACUUGGCCGGUGCUAACGAUCCACUCUGAUAUCGAAUGUCGUCGAUGAAAACGAAGAGUGUGAUUUCUUAUUCGUUACAAUCCGAUUCACCCAAGAAAUGUGCCUUUUAUGUUCUUUAUUAUUUAUAAUGUCACUGAAAUAGUUUGACCGCUUCGCUGAUUCAUGAAACUGUCAUUGAACAAACUGCAUAAUUCCACUUUUGGACUAGCCUUCCAUGCAACUGAUGCUCGAGACAUUUUUACAUUUAUAGAUUGUCACGAAUAGAGAUGAAUAACGAGAAGUAUUUCGUUUCAAUUUUUAUCAUCAUUGCAUUAGAAUUAUUUCGUACUCAUGUUGAAUGUUCUAAUCGCUUGAAAGACUGAAAAACUGGUGCUACGUUCUCAGUGAAAAAUGUCAGGUGCGAGCAUAGUCCGCUGUUGCGGGCAACGAAGAGCGUCGAGGAGUGAGAGGUUUCGAUAACGGGGACUGGGAAAGAGAAAUGUAUCGAUGAAGAGGAAAUCGGAGGAGGCAACGAGGAGUCGAGGGUCUAGAAUGGCCGGUGGAUCGAACGUAAACGGUGGUGGUGACUCGUCGCUCAAUCGCAUAUGUCGUGAUUUUUUACGAAACGUUUGUCAUCGUGGCAAACGAUGUAAAUAUCUUCACGAACGUUCGGAGGACGAUCCAGUCGAGGAAUACACGUUCUGUCAUGACUAUCAGAAUGGAAUGUGUCAUUGGCCAGGCUGCAAAUUCCUUCAUGCAACCGAGAGCGAAGAAAAACAUUUUCGAACGACCGGCGAAUUGCCAACGCACGUUAUAACUCGCUUGAAAAAUAAUGCCGAUAAAGCUGAAUUUCCCAUUUGCAAGGAUUAUAUAAAAGGAAGUUGCCAAAGAGAAAAAUGCAAAUUUCGUCAUUACAAGAAAGAGGAAUCGCCGAUUAAUGUUUCAGCCCAACCACAUCUCGCACCACCGAGGCCACAGCACAUUGUUAACGGAACUAGCAACGGCGAGAAUCACAGAUUCGAGGAGGAUAGAAACUUUCAUUGGCAGCUGGAAGAUCAACAUCCUCUAGUAACUGGCAACGGUUACAAUGCUACACCUCAUCCUGGGGAUAUACUUGGUCCUCCUGAGCCGAAGCGUCGCAUUGUUUCAGGCGAGACAGUCGUUCAUUUUGAUACGUCACAAUUACUCGGACAGCAUACGGCCCAACCGAUAACUCCGGGAUAUUAUUAUCCUGUUAUCGCGAGGAAUGAGGCACGAGCCAUUGUCCUCGAGGACGAGAACUCUCUACUGAGGAAGAAAAUUGAGGAACUGAAGAAGCAAGUAAGUGAUUUGACAGCUACCAAUGAGUUUCUUCUCGACCAGAACGCACAAUUAAGAAUGUCAGGAAAGCGUACGACAAACGUAACGGCGGUGACCGUUCCUGCUGUGACAAUUACGAAUACGGUACCACCGUCGCAAGCGCCAACGCCUCAGCAAAUGGUGAACGCGGCUGUUGCAGCAGGUACAUUGAGAACUGUGACGGCAAGCGUGGCCACGGUACCGGUUAGCAUAGCGACUGUAACGCCGGUCUCAAUAGCAGCGGUGUCAAUGGCUCCUGUGUCAAUAGCACCGCCAAUAGUUACAAUGGCACAGCAAACGAUUACGAUGAGUGGUUCGGGCCCGCAACAGAAUAAUCAGCAGCUUGGAAAUCAAGGAAAUUCACAACAAAAUGCGAGCUUACCGAUGUCCAUAUCGGGAGCUACAGCUCCGAUGGUCUCGUAUCCGAUAAUGACUCAAGAACUCAGGCCGGUUCUCCAAUAAUACACGUACGAAAUGAACCGUUCUACGAGUUCGACCUUCGAUCGGGUGAUAAAUUUUCCUCAGCGAGACCGAGGCAGUCUCUCGUUUUGAAGAGAUCAAAUGAACAAACAAAAAACCACGAGUACCUUAAGCGGUGAUGAACGACGAAAAUCGGUAAAAAAAAAGCCUGAUAUCGUUAUUCAACGGCCAUAUUUUCUGAAACCGUGAUGCGACGAGGCGCUUCGAAUCGGAAGUUCAAUCGAUAGAAUUUACAGUAGGGAGAUCGUGAUUGCCUCCUAAAUUCGUAAACUCUCUUGCGCUGAUAUUCAAGAGACAAGCAGAUACAUUGUACCAGGAACACAACUGUUCAAAAACAUUUUAUCAUCAUAUAAUUACGUAUAAUUAUCGUUAAAAAAGCAGAUUGAAUAUGCGAAACUGGUGUUACGGUUGUUGAGGAAUAACUCGAAGCGCUGUUACACAGUUUUCGCUUUGUGCGAAAAAGAUGUGGUAGAUCGCGAUCAUCGCAUAGCAAAAAACUAUUAAUUUACUAUUGUGAAAUAGAACUGAUCCGUUCUUCAUGGGUAACAGUAGAAAAUGAUCGCCAAUAAAGGCUUUGUUACUUUUUGCUGUAAAACAAAUUAGGCCGCGUAAGCGAAGUUGGGACUCUUGGUUCUGUGAUGUUUGGUUAUCCAUUAUCUGGAUACAAAUUAAUUUUGUUUUUAGCCAAUAUUAUCUAAAAGUUUGAAAUCCCAUUUUUUCAAUAAACGCUCAGUAAUUGUUGCCCAUUCAGGGUAGUGUCGUUUCCUACAUUAAGGAAAAUCUCUUGUCUUAUUCUCUUUUGUCGCAUUGAUUGAGGGACAAUCAAGAAAUUACUGGGAUCGUGGAAAUUUCGGUAAACUCAAGGUCGGAUUGGUGGAAAUUUCUCACAAAAAUUCUUUUUUAGAGCAAUUUUGCAUGUAUUUUUGAAACUUUCGAACAAACGAAUUCUGAUUCAGUUUUUAUGUCGAACGAAAAAUAGUAGUACCCUAAAGAUACUCAGGGUAUACAAAAUUGAAAUUACAUAUGACAUGGUCUAUUGACGUAUGGUCCGCAAAGAAGAAUUCCGGCUUAGUGAACAGUGAGGCUGAAUACUAUUGAGAACGAUAAGAAAAAAUUCAUAGGCUAACGAUCAAUGGGGGGGAAUCGCAUAAUUAUUAUGUCUCUUAUAUUUAAGUACAAACAUGAGGUAAGCAAAGAGAGGGAAGAAUUUAAAACUUGUAUAUUAAGAACAGGAUAUUUGGAAAGAUCAGCCCUUCUUGUACGCUCUAUCGUGCACGCCACUGUAAAUAGUAAUAUAUUUAGUCACAGCCUGACCGGCUUUUUUUCUUUGCUGUUCCUCGACUAGGAAGAGUUUGUGUAAUUCCAUUAACGAUAAUUAAUUUAAAUAUUCUUAUAUCCACAACGAUAUUUUCGAAAUGUAAAGUACUUAUUCGUGAGUACUCGCAACAAACGAGACGUGAUGAUAUUAGAAAGAAUGAAAGUUUAGGUUCGUUGUACAGGCAUCAUCAACCAACUCGUAAAUUAUGAUGCUUCAAUGAUCGAACGUCCAUAAUUGCUUUAUUAUCCUUUUCUUUUGUGUUUUCGUAACAAUCGUCACUCGCGAAAUAUAGUAUAUAAGUAUGAAUUAAAAAUACAUACGUGUGUUUGGUUUCAAUGAA